AAGCACAAAGGUUAAAUCCAAAGUCAGGUCGAUCGAUGUUACGCUCGCGUCGCAAUUAACGUAUCUCGGUGUCUGUAAGAUUAUUGUAAUUAAAAUGCGGGAAACAAUCACUCCCUGGAGUUGAACUUUGGAACGAUCGAAACUGUUUUUAUGAAUCGAGAGUAAAGAUAGGAAGAUGAAUGAUGAACCGUAGCAAUUCAGCGAAACUUCGUCAGCCGAAGACACCAGUCACCAGAACAUAACCUGCAAUAAGCUGAUGCCGCGGCAGUACAAUUAGUUUCAUUUUCUAAUAUUUAUCACAAAAAUGGCAUGGCUAGAAGCCAUAGCCAGCAGCCUAGUCCUUCGCAAUAUUCUUGGAUCAGAAAUUCCCCCCAAUAAAGUCUUGGAAGUUAAACCUGAGCAGUAUGGAAACCGCACAAUACGCUGUCGAGAGGAUGGAAUCGUUUUAUAUGGUCCAGACAACCGGAAUAAAGAGAAGUUUGAAAUUGUUCUGCACAGACCUUGCACCGAGACCCUACAUCAGGCCUAUAGGUUUUCUCCUUCGGUCGGAUACUUUGGAGCCAGCAGAGAACAUCUUCACUGUCUAUAAAGACAAGGUUCCCAUUCUCGUACAAAUCUCUAGAGAGUUGUGCAACACAAAUGGAAUUCGUCGACUGUGCGACGUCCUUACGGAGCAUCCAACAUGGACCCUCGCUCAUCUGGCAGCCCACCUUUCGUUGUACGACGCGUUGCACCAUACAGCAGUGAACAGCCACCUUAACAGCAGCGACCCAGCAACAGGAAUGUCGCCGCUUCAGGUAGCGGUUCAAACGAACAACUUGAGAAUUGUUCAAAUGUUGGUAGCAGCCCAAAGUUCCCUUGAGCAUUUAGACCACAAUGCCAACACGGUUUAUCAUUACGCCGCCAAUUCAACCAAGGAUAUAAUUCUUGCACUCGGCGCUGGUUUACCGAAUAGCCUCAACAGUAGAAACGGCAACGGGCACACUCCGAUGCAUGUUGCUUGCCUCUCCGAUAAACCAGAGUGCGUAAAAGCUUUGUUACUGAUUGGAGCAGACGUAAAUAUUCCCGCCAGUGCAGGUCAGCCAACGAGUCCUGGAUAUGUCGGUGACUUUUUGCAUGACAAACCAAACGCUCUGCAUUCUCAGGACAUGAAGUUUGGUGGAACUCCUUUACAUUGGUCCUGCAGUCGAGAGGUAAUAGACGCCCUGAUAGAAACGAACUGUGAUAUUGACGCUCUGAAUUUCGAUGGUAGAACCGCGCUGCAUAUCAUGGUAAUGCGGAAGAGAUUGAACUGUACCGUGGCUCUGUUGAGCCACAUGGCGUCUGUAAACAUCCUCGAUAAUGAGGGAAACACUCCUUUGCAUCUGGCCGUCAGCCAGGCUACGCCGUUUAUAGUUCAGGCUCUGCUUGGUUUUGGAGCAGACAUAGAUGCAGCGAAUUACAAGGGGGAAACUCCGCGACAUCUCACUCCCAUUGAAGCCAAUGCCGACGGAAGGAAAGUACUUUACAUUCUCCAUGCUGUUGGAGCACAGCGGUGUCCUCCGGAUAUGGAAGGAUGCCACAUAGGCUGUAAACACCUUGAAAACUUUGACGGAGAAGCGCCGCCUGAGCCCCCAACCUCAGUUCCUAGAACAAUUUUAGAUCAGAUGCUGUAUGUUGCUGGGAUGGAGGAACUGUCCACACAGAAGAAAAGAAAGGUGGAAGGUGGACGUUUGCUUUGUCUGGAUGGCGGAGGUAUAAGGGGGCUGGUUUUGGUACAAACCUUAUUAGAAAUUGAGUCAGUCCUUAACAAGCCAGUGAUUCACUGCUUUGAUUGGAUCGCGGGCACUUCGACGGGCGGAAUAUUGGCACUGGGCUUGGCGACCGGUAAGACUUUGAAGGAAUGUCAAGCUUUGUAUUUCCGGAUGAAGGAAAACGCGUUCGUGGGUCCGAGGCCCUACUCCAGUGAGGGACUAGAGAACAUUCUGAAGGCAGCACUGGGCACUCACACAUUGAUGUCUGAUAUCGAACACCCUAAAUUGAUGAUAACUGGCGUUUUGGCAGACAGAAAGCCUGUAGAUCUGCACUUGUUUCGAAAUUACGAUUCUCCAAGUGUUGUGCUUGGCAUUCCACCCAGUGGAAAGUUCAAGGAAACAUUUCCACCGGAUCGCCAGCUUGUCUGGCGAGCUGCUAGAGCGACGGGAGCAGCACCAUCGUACUUCAGAGCUUUUGGGCGAUUUCUUGAUGGAGGAUUGAUAGCGAACAACCCAACACUAGAUGCGAUGACGGAAAUACACGAGUACAAUUUGGCAUUGCGAGCCAUGGGCAGAGAGGAUGAAGUGAAACCUAUUUCCUUGGUCGUCUCUCUGGGGACUGGGCUCAUACCGGUAUCGCAGUUGAGAGAAAUUGACGUCUUCAGGCCUGAGAGUCUUUGGGAUACGGCGAAACUUGCCAUGGGAAUGUCUGCAUUGGGAACUCUUCUGGUAGAUCAAGCUACGGCGAGUGACGGUCGUGUUGUAGAUCGCGCGAGAACCUGGUGUUCCAUGAUUGGCGUUCCGUAUUACAGAUUUAGUCCUCAAAUGUCGGAUGAAAUUCCGAUGGAUGAGCGAAGUGAUGAGAAGCUGGUCAACAUGAUUUGGGAAGCAAAGGCAUUCAUGCAUGCAAAUCGGGAUCAGGUAAAAGAGUUAGCAGCUGUUUUAGGUUGUCAUUAGUCAAUAAUAUUCUCAUUCAUUUCUAACUUGAUCAAUUCCAACGCCAUAGCGGAAACUCUAGUUACCAAUUGUGUAUGUAAGUAAGUUAUGUAUUGAAAUUAUUUAUGUUUUAGUAUAAAAUUGCUGUUAACACAAUCGUAUUCGUGUCGUUGUCAAUAAAAUUUAGCCACUGCUGGUCCGUGAUUAAAAUUCAUCACG